UUAAUGGGCGGGACAAACACUGGAGAUGACAGCAAAAUAUGCUCUCUCCGCUGGACAUAACUUUACAAUAAUUUCACCAGAUACCACUAAAACAGUUUGGCAUAAACAUGAGUUCAUUUGCAGGUCGAAUGAAGGAGUAUUCCACCAUGUCUUUGGAUCGGUUCGACCGGGAGAACCUACAUUCCCGGGCAUAUUUCCUCUCCCACUGCCACAAAGAUCAUAUGAAAGGACUAAAAGCACCGAUACUCAGGAGAAAACUGCAGUUCAGUCGUACAGUUAGGCUUUACUGCUCCUUCGUGACCAAAGAACUUCUUCUGAACAAUCCCAAGUACGCUUUCUGGGAGGAAUACAUUGUUGCAUUAGAGCUGGAGAGUCCCACUCAGAUUUCUCUGGUUGAUGAGGCAUCUGGAGAGAAAGAAGAGAUUCUGGUCACAUUGCUCGCUGCAGCCCACUGUCCUGGCUCUGUUAUGUUCCUGUUUGAGGGUUCUCAGGGGAACGUGUUGUAUACAGGAGACUUCAGGUUUGCAGCUGGAGAUGUGUCAAGAAUCGAACAUCUGCACUCUGGCAGCAGAGUGAAGGAUAUACAGAGCAUUUAUCUGGACUCAACGUUCUAUGACCCACGAUUUUUCCAGAUUCCCACUCGGGACGUUUGUCUGGACGGUAUCUCAGAGCUUGUUAGAAACUGGAUCAGUCAGAGUGCUUAUCAUGUUGUGUGGCUCAACUGUAAAGCUGCAUAUGGAUAUGAAUACCUGUUCACCAACCUGGGAGAGGAGUUCAACACACAGAUCCAUGUCAACAGUCUAGAGAUGUUCAAGAAGAUGCCGGAGCUCCUGAGCUACGUGACCACUGACCGCAGGACGCAGAUCCAUGCCUGUCGACACCCUAAGGCUGAGGAGUUUUUCCAGGGCAGCCGGCUGCCGUGUGGCUGCAGAGCGUCUGACGGGACCCCUCUUCAAAUCAUCAGCAUCAAACCAUCCACCAUGUGGUUCGGAGAGAGGACGAGGAAAACAAACGUUGUCAUAAAAACAGGAGCAAGUUCCUUCAGAGCGUGCUUCAGUUUCCAUUCCUCCUACUUAGAGCUGAAAGACUUCCUCUCCUACCUCCAGCCCGUCAACAUCUACCCCAGUGUCAUCCCUCUUGGUCGCACACUCACUGAGGUCACACAGAUGCUGAUGCUGAUGUGCAGGAACCAGUCGGAUCAAGCAGCGACAGUAUACAAACCUCUGGGAGCCCUCAAACGCUGCAUGGUGAAGCGACCUACAUAUGAGUGCCGACCCCGGCCCUUUUCCCUCUUUGACGCCCCUGAAGCCCAAUAACUUCUCCUUGGUAAACACGCCGGCCCAAUGAAUGCAUGUCUGGCUCCUGUGUGUGCAUGUGUUUCGGGCCUGUGUGUGUGAGAAAAAUAACAAUGGAGUUAAAAGUGAAUGUGCAUCUCUAAUGAAGUUCUUUAUUUUGGUACAGCAAAUGGUAUUCCGAAGAUAUAAUAAGGAGAAGGGAUGACUUGCCAGCAGAUAAUGGGCAAAACAAAUAGCUGGACGCUAUACAACGUUUUGUCAUUUAACAAACCUA